CACAUUAUGUGGUCAGCAUGAGCAAAGAAGUAUGGAAGCUAACACAAGAAGCAUCAGUAUAGCUAUGGCUACUCCUAAUCCAGAGCCAGUGUUUGUCAAAGAGUUAGCUGAUAAGUACAAGUGUAGUAUUUGUUUGAACCUUCUAGACACGCCAGUUCUAACUGAAUGCUGUGGACAGCAUUAUUGCAAAGCUUGUAUAGAAAAGUGGAUCAUACGAAAAAACGAAUCGAUUUGCCCUCACUGUCGAGCAAAAAACUUCAAUAAGAUAGUUUCCCAGCCGAUAAUCAGAGAGAUCAAAGAGCUGAGAGUGUAUUGUAUGAAUCGUAAAAACGGGUGUAAAGCUGUUAUCAAACAUGAAGAUUUUCAGAAGCACGUGGACGAGUGCUCGUUUGGAGUUGUCAAAUGCACCAAUGAUUGUGGUACGCGCGGAUUGCUAAAAAAUGACCUCAAACAACAUUGCAAACAAGAGUGUCCUAAUCGAAUAGUGCACUGUAAGCUUUGUAACAAAGAGGGUAAGCAUUCGGUAAUAGUUGGAAGGCACAAGCGUACUUGCCCUAACGUCAUCUUAGAAUGCCCUAACAAAUGCGACAAGAACAUAAAGAGAAAAGAUAUCAGAAAGCACAGAAACGAGUGUCUACUUGAGAUUGUAGAUUGUCCUUUCAAAGAGGCUGGUUGUGAAGUGAGGCUGCCUCGAAUAGAUACCGAAGAUCAUGAAGCAUCUAGCAUGCAAAGCCAUCUUAGACUUGCUAUGACAACUAACAAGAGGGAGAAAAACGAGCUAACAAGAAAACACGAUGAACUAAAACGAGAUUUUGACAAUCUUCUAUCAGUUGUAUCGACAGAGCUUAGUUCAAUACAUAUUUCCCCAAACGAUGAGACACCCAUUAGUGGUAUUAGAACAAUACUAACCUCCCUAACCACAAUGAUUCAACCUGAUGGCAUUAAGGCUCACUGUGUACACAUGAGCAACAAACUGGGAAUAUUUAGGGAGCCAGAAUUAGAGGAAUAUUAUGAUAUUCUUCAAGCCAGUUCACCAGCACUAUGCAUAUACCCGGGAUUCAGAACCUACCUUGUAUUUGGUAAGAAUCGGUUAUUGUUGGUGUUGGAGGAAAGUGAUAUCCAUGGUUACCCCGAGACUCUGUCUAUUGAAGUGCAGUCUACAACAGGACAAUCAUUCUCACGUUCUCUAAGUGACCUCACAUGUACAGCAACCAAGCAAUGUAACUCCGGAAGAGAAUUUAGAUUCAUGGUGGGUACUACGUUACCUUUUCGAGUUUCAAACGAUUUCUAUGCGAACAUUAAGAUCACUGACAUUUCUUAG